AUGAGGUUGAGCGUAUUCUUAUGUUUCUUAGGUGCUCUGCAGUGGGUUGUUGCAUCUGAUACGUUUAUCAUUACGUUUCCACAGACGAAUGUAACUGAAGAGAUUAUCCCCAGGGUUGAGGAAGCAAUAACGAGUGUAGGGGGCUCUGUCGUACAUACGCUUUCUUUCACUAGAAUGCUGAUUGUGAAUUUGCCUGGUAACGCUGCCAACUCGUUGUCCGACAUCAGGAACAGAAUGGGGUGGAACUUUUCCAUGGAACAGGACUCAGACGUACAUACGGCGUGA